ACUUCCUCCUUUCGCUCGUGAUAUGGUCACGUGACGCGGUGACUCGUUUCAAGUUGUCAGAAGUUUUGUGUCUGUAUAUUCUCCUUUCUAAACUUACUGCUGCCAUGGCAGAAUUAACUUUUGUCAUCGCCAUGUCCACGAUGACCUUAUUUUGGGGCAUAGUGGGAGGAGUGGUGCCCUGGUUUAUCCCCAAAGGACCGAACAGAGGAGUGAUAAUCACAAUGCUGGUGUUAACUUCUGUUUGCUGCUACUUGUUCUGGUUGAUAGCCAUUCUGGCCCAACUGAACCCACUGUUUGGGCCGUCUCUGUCCACUGAUGCCAUCUGGUACCUGCACUACCACUGGUCUUAAAUGCUCAGACAGCACUGCAUCGUCUGGGACCACUUUCUCCUCACUUCAUGCUGUUGUCCACAGUACUGAAAUGCCUUCAACUCUCAUCCCUUUGGUUUUACAGACUGAUGCUCAAACCCGUGCCUUGUAUAGUCUCCAUAGGGCCUUUCUUAAAAUUGAUCCCCACUGAGUGUGCUUUAAUGUAAAAAUAAGCCUUAAUAAUGUUUGGUUUCUGUAUGCUAUUGUUUAGAGCUGAUGUUAAUAUGAAUAAACUUACCAUGAAUGUUA